AUGUUAUCGGCCACCGCUGCCAGCGUCGAGGAUUUCAGCCUCAGGUUUCCACUGCAUGCCCUGGUGUGGGAGAAUGACUACAGAAAGCUGGAAAAAGAGAUACAGACGUCUCCAGAUUUCUACAUGGAGAUGAAGUGGGAGUUCACUAGCUGGAUUCCUCUCGUAUCGCGUGUGUGUCCCAGCGACGUGUGCAGAAUCUGGAAGAGUGGGGCCUGUCUGAGGGUGGAUACCAACCUGCUGGGCUUUGAAAACAUGACCUGGAUCAGAGGAAGAAGAAGUUAUAUCUUUAGAGGAGAAGACAACUGCACUGAGCUGAUGGAAGUUAAUCACGAGGACGAGGUGGUGGACACAGAGCGCUUCGAUCUCUCCCGCGAGAUGGAGGACGUCACACUGGACUCCAUGCAGCCCGCCGAACAGGAAGUAGCCAAGAGGCUGACAACACCCAUUGUCAACACGUAUCUGGACACAAAGAACAUUGCAUUUGAGAGGUAUGGUGAAAGGAAUGUUUUGGAGUCUUUACUCGGGACAGUAGAGCAACAGAUCGGUGCUCAAUGGGACAUGACUAUGGAGUAUGCCACUGCCACAAACCCCACAGCUAUUACUCCAGAGGAGUACUUUAACCCCAACUUUGACCUGCAGGGCAGAGACAUCGGUCGGCCCAUUGAGCUCACCAUCAGAACACAGAAGAUUCAUUUGUAUGUACGAUUACAGGACAUGACUAUGGAGUAUGCCACUGCCACAAACCCCACAGCUAUUACUCCAGAGGAGUACUUUAACCCCAACUUUGACCUGCAGGGCAGAGACAUCGGUCGGCCCAUUGAGCUCACCAUCAGAACACAGAAGUUUAAAGGCACCCUGUGGAUGAGCGAGGAGCAUCCUCUGUCUCUGGUGGAGCAGGUCACUCCCAUCAUUGACCUGAUGGCUCGCACCAGCACUCACUUUGCCCGACUCAGGGACUUCAUCAACCUCAGGUUUCCCCCUGGCUUCCCAGUGAAGAUCGAAAUCCCUCUGUUCCAUGUGUUGAAUGCCCGCAUCACAUUUGGAAACGUCAACAAGUGCAGUACAGAUGAACCUUUGGACUCCAACCAAUCAGCUUCUACACCCACACCUACAGAAGAGAAGUGUGACAGCCAGGCUUCAGGACCUGCUCCAUUCAAGGUGUGUCCAUCUGUGUUCGUGGCACCUUCGCACUAUCACCACCGAGGGGGCUACCGCCACUCCAACACACGCCGUUACAACCCAGCCAGUCAUGAUGAAGAGCUGCUCCAGUACGCCAUUCACCAGAGUCUGCUCGAGUCCAGUGCACUCAAUUCACAGGACACUUGGAGUGAUUCUGAUGGACAGGCAACACAAUCCAUGAUGAAUCGGUUGAGCGAUGGGUCUGGGUCUGAAGGAGUUUUAGUAGACCUUAGUGACACCACACCCUCAAGCCCUGGCUCCACCUCCAGCCCCGACUCUGAGCUGCGAUUGGCUAUGGAGCUCUCGUCCCGGGCACAGGAGGAGGAGGAAAGGAGAAGGAAGGAGGAAGAAGAGGAAUUACAGAGGAUUUUACAACUCUCCUUAACAGAGAAGUGACCAAGUAAGAUGAGGGAAGGAAAGAAAAAGGGAGUUCCUGUUAUUGCCAUUACCAUUAAACCUUUUUAUUUACACCCUUCUUCAGAUUCAGCAGUUCUCUGUUGCCAGCCACUGACAUACGACUACACAUAUUUACAUAUUGGGUUUGCAGCCAACAUCCGAACAUUUCUGCUGCUUUAUCCUUAAACAAUAAGCAAACAUUUUGUUUCAUGAGCAUUUGACUGCAUUUUCCGACUUCCUUUUCCUCCUUCAAAGAGGUGAUCAUGCAUGUAUUUUACAGGAAAUCCAGUGCUGCUUUUUUAAGAUUACAUGGUAGAAAGGUUGUGACGUCCUUGAGUUUGUAGUCCUAUGACUAGAUAAAGUUGUAUUGCUUGUUUUGACGCAAAGGAAGGUUGUUUUGCAUUAACGUUAGCUUUAGGUUUAUAUUAAUACUAUAUCUCAGGGUUAAACUGAUACUCACCAGUUGUCGGUUCCUUUAAAACCAUUUUAUACGCAGCCAAGGAAAGUGAAAGAAAUGUAUGUUUUACACAAAGCAGUAGGACAGUACCAUUUUCAGCCUUUUCGUGUGCUUUUGUCAUUAGACAACUUCUGACUGAAGCAUCUCUACCGUAAAGGCAAUAAAUCACACCGCCGUGCCUCGUCGGAGCGAGAGGCACUCAUACAGACCGGGAUAUUUCUGAAAAGGCCUGUCCGAUGUAAGCUGAUACGCCUCAAGCUUUUAGUCUGCCUAAUUUGUAAAAUGAUACAAUAAAACCGCUUAGAUCGCCAUGAGUAUGUUGUAAUGCAAAGAAUGAAUGUGGCAGUACUGGGUCACUUUUCUGGCACCAACCAAACCUCAUGCUACACUAAAGGACUAGGGGAAUGUGUGACAAGAAACCCAGCUGUUUUUGUCUGUGGGGAUGUGUGUGGUUGGACAGCAUUGUUUGCUGAAUGAGGUUCUGAUGUGGUAAAUGUGGAAGAACCUGCCCUGCUCUGUUUGGGGAUCUUUAGGGAAUCUCACGCUGUUCCUUCCUGUUGUAGCUGACAGUGCUAUUUAUUUUGUCAACGUGUUUUUUUUUUUCUUGAUUUUUUUUUCUUGAUGUCUUGUCGACUUCAUUGUGUUUUUAAAGCCUUGUGAGGCUCAAAAGACGUCUGAGUAUUGACUUGCAGCUUGCAGUAUCUCUCACUACUUUCUGUAUGAAGCUUGAACCGAUUUUAACCAUAUCUUCUGUCACCUCAUCCUAUGUCAUAAAUGGACAUUUAUAUUGCUUUCCUCUUCCUGUAGCUAACCAGGAUCUGAGGAUAGUGGCAGCCACAGUCUCGCGUUUGUAAUAGGGAUGUUUUAUAUUAACAGGACAUUGAUUUUAGUUUCCUGUAUUUAUUCUAAUGCUGCAUUUAAAGAACAGAGUAGAAUAAAUCCGAUGUUCUGGCUACGGUUAUCCACAGACACAGAAUUCCAUUUCAUUCUUUAUUUAAAACCUAAUUUAACUUUUGGUAUUUGGGUAGAAGUCUUAACUCGAACUAAUUGCCAAAAUGUUUAAUGGUCUCUACCGGAUCAGGGUUAGUGUUGGUUUGAUUCUCGGUGAAUUGUCAUGCUGCAAAAUGCAAGAGAAAGUAUCCUCUUUAAGCAUGUUGAAGAAAUCCUGAAGGCAUUUGUAAACUGUGAUGUAUAUUUGACACACACACAAAAAAUGUUUUUACUUUAAUAAAAGCACUUUAUUGACUUUU